AUAGUUAUUGAUUCAUGGGGUAAAAUUCCCUCAGGCUUACUAUACGGUCAUUUGCAGGAUUUGGGUAACUUUGAUGAGUGUCUUGAUAUAUCAACAAAUCUAACUGCAGCAACUGGUCAAACAAAUGGACAAUAUUGUUUUGCAUCAGUACCAUUAUUAGAAGAUCCAUCAUUAAAACACCCACCAUUGGAUCAUGAUAAAUCAGCUCAGGGAAGAGUUUAUGAAGAUUUAAUAACUAUAAGCAUUGGAAUAUGUGUUCCCGAUGUUUGUUAUCCGGAUUUACUUACAGAAAUUUUCCAAGAAGCUACUGUUGAUACUCUAAAUGGAGCACUCAAAGGAAUAUAUGUUAACAGCUGUAUGACGUCAGAAAAGCCAAACUUUGAGAUUAUUAAUAUUGUUGGCAUAUUAAUAUUUUCAAUCUUUGGAUUACUAAUGCUGCUAAGUACAUUGUAUGACAUUUAUACGGACAAAUUUGACAAAAAGACAAAAGAAAUAUAUUUGGCCUUUUCCAUAAUUAGAAAUGGUAGAAAAUUAUUUCAAAUAAGUCAAGCAAAAUCAGAUAGCAGUAUUGAUUGCUUAACAGGAUUUCGUGUUUUAUCAAUGGUUUGGAUUAUACUUUGUCAUUGUUAUUCAAUGUCUCCAAUGUUGCCAAUGAUAAAUAAAUUCGAUUUAAUACCAUGGUUCAAAGCUGCAUCAACAAUGCAUAUUACGAUGGCUACUGUUUCAGUUGAUACAUUUUUCUUCAUAAGUGGCUUACUUAUAGCCUGGCUAGGAUUUCGUGAAUUGGAUAAAAGUAAUGGAAAAUUAAACAUUUCUUUAAUGUAUUUACAUCGUUACAUACGCCUAACACCUCCCUUAGCGGCUGUAAUACUUUACAAUGUUGCUAUUGACAAGUAUAUAGGAACCGGUCCACUAAGAGAAGUCUACAAAGAAUUUAAUGGAAACUGCAGGGAUAAUUGGUGGUCUACAUUGCUUUACAUUCAAAACUACGCAAAUCCAUUGGACAUUUGUGUAUCGCAAACAUGGUAUUUGGCAGUUGACACUCAGCUGUACUUCUUGUCACCUUUUGUUUUGAUACCUUUAUGGAAAUGGGGAAAGAAAUUUAUCCCAAUCAUGUUCUUACUUUCUUUUUUAUCAAUUGGAUAUGUUAUAGUCACAUUUUUUGACUAUGGAUUCAAUACGUUCAUGGGAGUUUUGGGAGAUGAUCAACUGAGACUGACUUAUAUACCAACGCAUGCCAGAUUUUCAGUUUGGUUGCUCGGUCUAGGAUUUGGAUAUUUUAUGCACAGAAUCAAGUACAAAUCAAUACAACUUCCAAAGAUGAUUCAAUUACUUGGUUGGAUAUUGUGUUUUGCAUUAAUUUUUGCCAUAAUCUAUGGACCAUAUUUUACAAUAAAUGCUGACCAUGAAACAAGUGUCCUUGAAGCAGCAAUGUAUGAAUCUUUGAGACGUGUCACAUGGGGAAUUGCACUAUCAUGGAUUAUUUUUGCAUGUCACUUUGGAUUUGCUGGCUUAGUAAAUGCUUUUCUUUCUCAUUACAUCUGGCAACCAUUGGGUCGAUUGACAUAUUCUAUGUAUUUGGUACAUUUAACUGUUCAAAGUGUUCAUUAUGGAAUUACAAAGAAUGACGUCUAUUUCUCUGAUUAUUCUGCGAUAUUAGUUUUCUGGGGUACGUUUGGUACUUCCUUUAUUGCAGCAAUAAUAGUCACACUAGCAUUUGAAUCACCAGUUUUGGUGAUUGAAAAAUCAUUUUUUCAUGGUUCAAAACAAUCAAUGGACACGAAGAAAGAAACUGUUUAAAGCCAACCCAAAGCAGAUUAUAAAUGUAAAUUAGCUAAGAAUUAG